AUGACAGCCGCAGAGGGUGGGAGGUUUGAUGCUGUCGUCUCAGAUCUCGCAAUCCGAAAGCUGGACUUGAAACAUCUCGUUGAGACAGCUCCGCAAAUCAACCGAGAUACAAUAAUUUGGUUGCUAUACCAAAAAGUGCGAUUAGAAGGAGAUGGAGACGUGACGCGUGUGCGAAAUUCCCAUUAUGUCCAUGCACAAGCGACCUUCCGGAAUGAUGAUCUCAUGGUCCGAGCCCUUUUGAAUGGGGAUCACCAUCUCGAGUUGCGGGCUGCUUGUGCCCUUGCGGUAUCAUACCAGGGAGCAAUUGCCAUAUGUGAAAGGCUGGCAAACCCAUGUCAAAAACCACUUCAAUGCCGACUUCUUCGCAGCAAUUUAGCCGUGGCGGCUUAUCGGGGCCAGGGAAGCAUCAUUAGGUCGCUGGUGGCACAAGGCAGCCGUGUCGAUUCCUGGGAUGAUUUUCUUGGACCCCCAUUGUAUGCUGCAGCCAUCUUCCCGGGAAGGGUGACUAUCGUAGCCUUUUUGCUCAAAUCUAAAGCCAACCCGAACGUCGGCGGAAGUCUAGGAACCCCAUUACUGGUGGCCAUGUGGAACAGAGAUGAGUCAGUGGUACAGUUGUUACUACAGAAUAGCGAGGUGGAUCCAAAUCAACCUGAUCGCCAGGGCUUCACAGCUCUUUGGUGGGCUUGCUUUUCUGGAAAAUCUGACAUUGUGCGACUCCUCCUUGAUCAUAAAAAGACAGACCCAAAUUUGAAAUGUGGCGGGCAGACCCCCCUUGCUGCCGCUGCCGGGCGAGGCCACGAAAUGAUAGUGGGGUGGCUCCUGGAACGAGAGGACGUGUUUAUUGACUUGAAAAACGGAACUCAUUGCCCGCUAUGGUGCGUGGCCUUCGCAGGACAACCGCACGUUCUGCAACUGCUUCUAGACAAGUUAGAAGUUAGUGCGGACGACUACGGACUUCACUCCAAGACACUACUAUGCGAUGUCAAUCCUAACUAUCAUGAUGGCAAGGGUGAUAACCCCUUGUGGGAAGCCGCUAAAAACGGACACGCCGACGUGGCGGCUGUUUUUGAGGGACAUGAGGAUGUCGUGGAUGUAUUACUCGGUUGUGACGCUUUGAAUCCGAAUUUGAAAGGGGGUUGGAGCGAAUCUCCUCUUAUCGUUGCCUCAACGAACGGUCUGACACGCAUUGUGGCGAUGCUGCUUCAGAGAACGGAAAUCAACAUCAAUUUAGUGGAUUGUAAUCAUCGCACGGCUUUAUCAUUUGCCUCCGAGAAGGAUCAUGAAGCAAUUGUUCAUUUGCUUCUAAACCGGAGCGAUGUGGACGUGGGCAAAGUUGACCAGUGGGGUCGCACUCCCCUGUCAUGGGCAGGGGAGAAAGGUCAUGUGGAAAUCGUGCGGCUCCUGCUCCAACACCAGCCGACGCUGAUGAACAUGCAGGAUGCAGAUGGCAAUACGUGUCUGAUUGAAGCCGUACGGGGUGGUCAUCUUGCUGUCGUUGAAUUGCUUUUAGAUUUCAACGCGGAUAUCUGUCUGAAAGAUUGGAAAAACCGCACAGCGCUUUGUUGGGCUCGGCAACGGCGGCAUCAAAUUAUUGAAGCCAUUCUGGCGAGGCGACGCGAAGAGCACCUCUAG